AUGGCGUGGAAUAUAGUGCCUAUAUUAUUAGUAUUAUAUGGAUUUUUAAAAGAUUUCAAGCCUGGUGAACCAUUUCUAUUUAAAUAUCAAACUAAUUUUUUAAAUCUCACCGAAACACAACUUAAUGGUGAAAUAUAUCCAUAUUGGACAUAUAGCUAUUUGAUUACACUUAUUCCAAUAUUUUUAUUAACUGAUUUACUCCUUUAUAAACCAAUUUUAAUUUUAGAAAGUAUUGGUUAUAUGGUUUUCAGAAUUACAUUGGUAUUUGGUUCGGGUAUAUUUUUACAACAAAUUGGAAUGAGUUUUUAUGGUGUUGCAUCAGCAGCUGAAAUUGCCUUUUAUUCAUAUAUUUAUGCUAAAGUUAGAAAAAAUGAUUAUAAACGGUUAACAUCAUGGACACGAGCAUCAACAAUGGCUGGACGUACAUUUGGUUAUUUGUUAAGUCAAACAAUUGUAUUAACUGGUAUUGGUACUUAUUUAACCGUUAAUCAAAUUUCACUCAUCUCACCUGUUUUAGUAUUUAUAUUCGGUAUGUGUUUUCCACAGAUACAAUGGAAAUCAUUGAUCGAACGAAUUAAAAUUACCAAAGAUAUAGAAAGGUUUAAUGAACCGACGACAUAUAUGCAAUAUGUGAAAUUUCGAAUGGAAACAUUAUGGUCUAAUACAAAACAAAUCUAUGGGAUUGGAUUUGUAAGGAAAUGGUCACUUUGGUGGGCAAUGACAACCUGUAUGUCCUUACAGGUUAGCGCUUAUUCGCAAACAUUAUGGGGCGAAGUGCAAAGGGAGGAAACGACGACAUUUAAUGGAUUCGCAGAAGCAACUUAUACGGCUUGUGCUGCCAUUGCGAUAAUGCUGAUGAAUAUGAUAUCAAUUGACUGGGAUAAAUGGGGCGAAGCGGCAUUGGUACUAAUUUCAAGCGUCGAUUGCGCUUUGUUGUUACUAUUUAGCCAAGCGCAAACGAUCUACGUGAUGUAUAUCUGCUAUAUAUGUUAUCGUACACUCUACCAAGUGAUGAUAACUAUUGCACAAUGGAAUUUGGCCAAAAAGAUGGUCAGUGAAAGUUAUGCACUGAUAUUUGGCCUAAAUUCAUUUGUGGCACUUAUUUUACAAGCGCUCUUGACGAUGAUCGUUGUUGAUGAACAUGGUCUUGCUAUGAGAGUUAGAUCACAGUUUUUGGUAUACAGUAUCUAUCAUGCGGUAAUUGCUCUCAUUUUCCUCUUUUCAAUUGCGUGCAAUUUAAUAAAUCAUUAUCGAAAUCGAUUCGUAAUAUAUUCCUUUAAUCUGAAUACGAUGAAUCAUGAAAAUCUGCUUGAAAAGCUUGGGCAACCAGUUUUCACUAAUUCAAAUCCCGUAUUCCUUCAAUGUAUUUCAUAUCGGUGA